UGCUAGGUGUAAUUUACCAACGAAGUUAACCAGAAGGAAGACCGAAUGCCAACCCCGAUCUCUGUUUCAAAUUCCCGACGUUUCUUCUCAUUUUCUCAGCAACCAAACGGGCCUGAGAAUCAGAUACUGGUCAAAAUCUGCCAAGGACCGGCGCCGCACCACCGCCGAAAACUGUACACCCGAGACUACCUUUCCGUGCCCGUGCCCUGCAACAUUCUUCGGUGAAAAAGACAAAUCUAAUCGCUCAAAACGAUAAAGGAGCCAUGUCUUGCUCAGACUUGUCACCGUGGAUCUCAUCAAAGCCGUUGGUUCAAUCUCUCUAUUCAUUCUCUUCUCAAUCAGAACCGAACUCAUUUCGCCCACUUUCUGUUCCUCCGAUUCGCUGCGGCCUCCGCGAACUCCGGCAGCGGAUCGACACAGUGAAAAACACCCAUAAAAUUACCGAAGCCAUGAAACUCGUCGCGGCGGCGAAGGUCCGGCGAGCGCAAGAAGCCGUCACCAAUGGCCGCCCAUUCGCCGAAGCGCUCGUCGAUUUCCUGUACUCCAUCAACGAACAGCUUCAGCUCGAAGACGUAGAAGUGCCUUUAACAAGCGUCCGGCCGGUCAAGAGAGUCGCCUUGGUCGUCGUCACCGGCGACCGAGGCCUUUGUGGCGGAUUCAACAGCGCGAUUCUGAAAAAAUCCGAGAGCCGGAUGGCCGAAUUGAAGCAAAAUGGGGUAAACUACACUGUCAUCAGUGUUGGAAAAAAGGGUAAUUCUUAUUUCCGUCGAAACCCUAAUAUUCCCGUUGAUAGAUUCGUAAAAGGAUGUGGUUUUCCCACAACCAAAGAAGCUCAAGCAAUUGCAGACGUUGUUUUCUCUUUGUUUGUUAGUGAAGAGGUUGAUAAAGUUGAGAUCCUGUACACUAAAUUUGUGUCUUUAAUUAAGUCUGAUCCUGUGAUUCAGACAUUGCUUCCAUUGAAUGGGAAUUGGGUUGAUGCAAGAGAAGAUGAAUUCUUUAGGUUGACAACAAAGGAAGGGAAAUUGGCUGUGGAGAGAGAUUCAAUUAGGGUUAAGAGAGGGGAAUUUUUGUGUAAUUUUGAAUUCGAGCAAGACCCAUUUCAGAUUCUGGAUGCAAUGAUGCCUCUGUAUUUGAAUAGUCAGAUUCUUAGGGCGUUGCAGGAGUCAUUGGCUAGUGAGCUUGCAGCUAGGAUGGGUGCAAUGAGCACUGCAACCGAUAAUGCAGUGGAGUUGAAGAAGAAUCUGUCAAUUGCUUACAAUCGGGAACGACAGACGAAAAUCACUGGUGAGAUAUUGGAGAUUGUGGCUGGUGCCGAGGCACUAAAAUAGUCGUACUGGUCUUGCCCGUGUUCUUUUUUCAGUUUGAUCCUUCUUUUUUCCUCAGUGCUUGUGCGGCUGACAGUUUUGCUUCAUUGAAGAACCGAACCAUCGCAAGUUAGAAAACAUCUAGGGAUUGGUGCUGUUAGACUAGUCUAGUCGAGUUUGAUAGAGUGAGAACUACUUCAAAAUGUAAAGAUUUUGAGCCUUGUUUCAAGUGUUCCAUGAUUUAUGAACUACAUUUUCCAA